GCAACCAUCCCAACUCCUUUUGUUUCUUUUUCCAUCACUAAAAAGCUACAGAAACAAACAAGAUGACGAGACUUGGCUGCUGUGUUGAUUCUUGUCAUUUUCAACUUCUCAAUUCACCACUUCAUUUCCUUUUCAUCGGUUUCAUGAUAACCAAACAUCAUCAUCAUUAACUCUCCAUAUUAUUAUUGGGUUUCUUGCAAUUAUUCAAUUUCCUCUCUCUCAUCUCAUGGCUUGUUUAACUGAUGAGAGUUGGCCUUCUUCUUCUUCGUCUUCUUUGCCUGAAAUUCUAUCUAAAAGAUUAUCUCUGAGUAAUAAUAAUGAUGAACCAGACAUUGCAACAGAAGCCGAACCACCACCUUUCCCUUUUGAGAAAGUGUUUCCUGUUUAUGCAAUGGGUUCGUCUAAGGCUGACUGUGUUGUGCUUUCUGGGGCUGAUUCUAGUGACCCUAUUUGGGAUGAAAUGAGACAAGAAGCCAAGUUGGAGGCAGAAAAAGAGCCGAUUCUUAGUAGCUUCUUGUAUGCCAGUAUCCUGUCGCACAAUUGCUUAGAGCAAGCGCUGGCAUUUGUUCUUGCGAAUAGACUUCAAAAUCUAACUCUCUUGGCAACUCAGUUGUUCGACAUAAUUUGUCAUGUAAUGAUGCAUGAUAGAGGUAUUCAGCGUUCAAUUCGCCUAGAUCUGCAGGCAUUUAAAGACCGAAAUCCUGCUUGCUUGUCGUAUUGUUCAGCGUUGUUGUAUCUUAAGGGUUACCAUUCUUUGCAAGCAUAUCGAGUAGCACAUGUUUUGUGGAACCAAGGACGUAAAUUAUUGGCCCUGGCAUUACAAAGUCAAAUCAGUGAGGUUUCUGGUGUUGACAUACAUCCAGCUGCCAAAAUUGGAGAGGGGAUAUUAUUGGACCAUGGAACUGGUGUUGUUAUAGGCGAAACAGCUGUUGUGGGAAACAGAGUCUCUCUGAUGCAUGGUGUAACAUUAGGAGGUACGGGGAAAGAAGUCGGUGAUCGCCAUCCAAAAGUAGGUGAUGGCGCACUAAUUGGAGCUUGUGCAACAAUACUCGGGAAUAUAAAAGUAGGUGAAGGGGCUAUGAUAGCAGCUGGUUCUCUUGUGUUGAAGAAUGUGGAUCCACACAGCAUGAUGGCGGGAACACCAGCAAAGUUGAUAGGAUGCCUUAAUGAGGAAGACCCAUCCCUUACAAUGAACCAUGAUGCUACAAAGGAAUUCUUCAAACAUGUAUCUGUUACUUUCAGAGAAGUUAGAUGCAAAGCUCCGGAUCAAGGGGAAAAAUUGACAGAGACUUGAGAGACUUGCUAAAUAUUUUUAGUUCCGUAGUGAGAGAAAAAUAGUGGCUAUACACGACAUGUUAUUACGAGAUUUCUAAAGAUAAAUUUACAGUAGUUGAUGUAAUAGGUCAGCAUUCAGUUCCCAUUUUUGUAAUACAGAGGCUGAUAUGAUAAUGAGCCUCUCUUGUUUCGUUAGUCCAGUUUCAACAAAUUUUCAGUUGCCAUGGCUUGUUCUUAUGAGUUUACCUAAUGCCUGUAAAGAUUAGGUUCCUCCCUUGAAUUGUAGGAGAUGAAAAUAGCCUCUGGUUUCUGAUCUUCCUGAAUACAUUUUCUUACCUUUCUUGAUC